AUGUCGGAAUCGUUACAGUCCCAAUCACCGGAGAAGCAAGUCCCUUCUUCUUUAGCAGCUUUUACGUCCAACAUUCCGAAUGAAUUAUUUUUAGGACCGGAUGGUCGUCCCGUGCCUCUGGAGCAACGAGGCUCGAAUCAACAAUCCCAAAAAAACGUGCCUCGGGCUUUAGUAAAUGAAGAUGAUAUUAUGGCUGUCGAAGGGAUUAUGAAUCAUGGUGGUAGCAAUGAAAGGCCUUCCUUGUCUCAUACACCUAGCUUUGUCGACCUCCAAGGUACUCAUCAAAACCAUCGUACUGAGAAUGCUCGAAAUUUUGGAACUUCCAGAUUAGACGAUGUUGCUCCAAACGCAGACGGUAUUCGCCGGCUACGCACUUCUGCCUCCUCCUCUGGGUUAUCUGCUGCCCUUCGUCAUGCCAAGAAUGAACCCCAAGUAUCUUCUACUCUCUCUUUACCUGCCAUGGCACAAAAGGCCCAUUGGGAACGUGAAACACCCGAAAUUUGUGUGCCACUAAACCCUGACACCGGUUCUGUACCAAUCAUUCAUCCUGAACAAACUGAUCGUGGCCUUCCUUACGCACCUGACGAAAAGUUCGUUAACUCCGGCUCUCGCAAGUUGCCUAGAAACAUAUCAUUGGAUGAGUUGUCUCGCUCACCGCCUAAGCACGUUGACGAGAAUGGUAACCAUAGCGAUUGUGCUCCUCCUGAGCCUUGGGAAAAUGAAUACAACGAAGUGUUGGAUGAUGUAGAACGUGCUGCCGAGGGUACUGCCUCUCUUCCCUACACCUCCAAGCCUUUAGCUGAGGACCGUCAGCGGUCUCAUUGCAACCUCACUGAAUCUGAUAACAUCUGUGGUUUGACCGCUGGUAAAAGCGAACCGAUGCCCGAUAUCGAUCCAUCUACUACAAUUGACGAAAACAGCUCUCUUGAGCCUCAACAGGGAUUCUUUACCAAAGAUGGUGAAGGUACUGCUGGCAUGCCUUUUGACGUCGUUAGUAACUUACCCAUUCCAAAUGAAAAUGCUCACCAUACUUCUUGGGACAAGAGAAAACCAUCCAAUGUGGAGCCUAAGAAGGCAACAUUUCAACUCCAAUCUCCUUCUACUACUACACCCAAUACUCCCACUGUUUCCCGGAACCCGAGCAUUCCUGAUCAAAUUGCCCACUUAGAUUCUCAAAAGGAAACAAAGAAGGAAACGCUUGAUAAGGAAGAACCUAAGAGAGAAGUUGAAAGAGAAGAUAUAAAGGAAGUUCCUAAUGAGGAACUUAAGAAAGAAGAGCCCAAGAGAGAAGUUGAAAGAGAAGAUUUAAAGGAAGUGCCUAAUGAGGAACUUAAGAAAGAAGAGCCCAAGAGAGAAGUUGAAAGAGAAGAUUUUAAGGAAGUGCCUAAUGAAGAACUUAAGAAAGAAGAGCCUAAGAAAAAACUAAUAAGAGAAGGGCACAAGAAGGAAAAUGGUGAACAGUUCAAUAUUGUUAAGUCUCUCCAUAAUGAUACUACAAAAGACCAAGAAGAAAUGGAAGGUAAACUAGAGACCGAAGAACAAGGUGUUACUUCUCCGGAAGAUAAAGCCGAGUCCGUGCCUUCGUCGGAUGGUUCCGAAACAUCCGCUGCAAAUGAAACUGCGCGUCGUCUUAAUGCGCGUCCCAACAAGUUUACCGGAUCUCGUGCUGGUUUUGUCGCAGCAUUGGAAUCGCGCCUUCAGAAGGGUCCUUUGAUGCAGGCAUAUGCUCCCAAGCCCAAGUCACCAUCCCGUUCUGAAUCUGAAACCUCUGUAAUGAACAAUCCAUGUGAAACCAAUAAUGAAGCUGCGAACAAAGAUUCUACUGAUCUUUCUACUGCUCCUUCAGCUUCUCUUCCUGAUGCUCGCAAAACCCGUGCUCGUGGACCUGCUCGCCGACCUCCUACUAUUGCAACAACCAAGUCGACUUUUAUGAUAAGUGACAUGGACGUAUUUUUGGAGUUCCCUCCAUCGAACUGCUGA